GGAUUACGGCGCUGGGGAUGAUGGUGAGAGAGGUUACAUCUUCGCAAAUGAAUCCCAGGCGAUCGCUCGGGGGUUCAACCCCUAGACCUCCAGAAAUGACGUCAGAAUCAUUUGCAUCCCGCUGCCUCUACCUGCCUAGUCCUGCUGGGACCCGGUCUCUCCAGCCCCUUGGCCACAGGGUUGGGUGAGUGUGUGUGGGGGGGGGCUGGACUUUGGGAUCCUUGGAUGGGGGGCACCUCAGGCUCUCCAGCCUCCUAGGCUCAGCCUGGGCCCCUCCCCAUCCAACCUCCACUUCAGUCCUCAUUGAACUUCCUCUUCCUGCGAAAGAGGGGAGCUGCCCUGUGACCUACACAGACUGAACAAUACUAUUGCCACGAAUGGAACCCACUGGAAAAGCACUGGAGCUGAGGCCCACGAGACCCACUGGAGGCCGGACAGGAGACCUUGGGCAAGGGCUCAGCCUCCCGACAGCCCCCAGUACCCAGGAUGUGGAGCGGAGCGGGGAGCCUCCCAUCUUUUGCAGGGGGAGGGCUGUCAGUCUGGCAGGGUGUGCACUGGUGAGCACCCCAGCUUCUGCCAGCUAUCCCCCCACCCCACCCCCAGCAGCAGCACCACACACACAAAAAAUUGGAUACAUUUUGAAUAAAGCGAUUCGGUUCCUUAUCCGGGGACUGGGUUGCUCCGUGUGAUUGGCCGGCGGAGUCACAUGGUGAAAGUAACUUUACAGGGUCGCUAGCUAGUAGGAGGGCUUUAUGGAGCAGAAAAACGACAAAGCGAGAAAAAUUAUUUUCCACUCCAGAAAUUAAUGAUCAUGAGCUCGUAUUUGAUGGACUCUAACUACAUCGAUCCGAAAUUUCCUCCAUGCGAAGAAUAUUCGCAAAAUAGCUACAUCCCUGAGCACAGUCCGGAAUAUUACGGCCGGACCAGGGAAUCGGGAUUCCAGCAUCACCACCAGGAAUUAUACCCACCACCGCCUCCGCGCCCUAGCUACCCUGAGCGCCAGUAUAGCUGCACCAGUCUCCAGGGGCCGGGCAGUUCGAGAGGCCACGGGCCGGCCCAGGCGGGCCACCACCACCCCGAGAAAUCGCAAGCGCUCUGCGAGCCGGCGCCUCUCUCAGGCGCCUCCGCCUCCCCGUCCCCAGCCCCGCCAGCCUGCAGCCAGCCAGCCCCCGACCAUCCCUCCAGCGCCGCCAGCAAGCAGCCCAUAGUCUAUCCUUGGAUGAAAAAAAUUCACGUUAGCACGGUGAACCCCAAUUAUAACGGAGGGGAGCCCAAGCGCUCGAGGACAGCCUACACCCGGCAGCAAGUCCUGGAAUUAGAGAAAGAGUUUCAUUACAACCGCUACCUGACCCGAAGGAGAAGGAUCGAGAUCGCCCACUCGCUGUGCCUCUCUGAGAGGCAGAUCAAAAUCUGGUUCCAAAACCGUCGCAUGAAAUGGAAGAAGGACCACCGACUCCCCAACACAAAAGUGAGGUCAGCGCCCCCGGCCGGCGCUGCGCCCAGCACCCUCUCGGCAGCCACCCCUGGCCCUUCUGAGGACCACUCCCAGAGCGCCACGCCGCCGGAGCAGCAACGGGCAGAGGACAUCACCAGGUUAUAAAACAUAACUCACACCCCUGCCCCCACCCCGUGCCCCAAGCGCCCUCACACACAAACUGACUCUUAUUUAUAGAAUUUAAUAUAUAUAUAUUUUUUGGUUCUUUUUCUCUCUUCUUCCUGUUUCCUCCCUUGUCAAUUCCAAACAGACAAAACAGAUAAACAAGCCCCUGGCCCUUCUCCCUUCACUGUUAAGGACCCUUUUAAGCAUGUGGUGUUGUCUUAGCAUGGUACCUGCUGGGUUUUUUUUUUUUUAAUUAUUAUUAUUUUAAAGGUCAUUGGGGGGUAUUUAUUUUUUAAGAAAAAAAGCUGCAAAAAGUAUAUAUUACAAGGUACGAUGGUCUGGUUUCAGUGAAUUUCAGGGGAAAUGAGGAAAAGAAAAAGGAAAAAUUUUAAGCAGAUUCACCCCCCCACACACACUUUCCUUAGGCAUUUUGCAUUGAAAAUGCAGCAGGGGAGGUUAGUGUGGGGGAAGUCGUUUUAAGGAGAACAAAGCUAUGAAGUUCUUUUGUAUUAUUGUGGGGGGGUAGGAGGAGAGGGGAGGACAGCAGACAAAGCUAAAUGCAUAUGGAGAGCCUCUCAGAGCUGUUCAGUUUGAGGAGGCAAAAGAAAAUCAAGAUGAACUUUCAGUUCAGAGAGGCCAUCUGUAGGUAGAGUCCCCCCUACCCCCAUGGUGGUCAUUGUGUUUUUGGACUGAAUUUACUUGAUUAUUGUAAAACUUGCAAUAAAGAAUUUUAGUGUUGAUGUGAAAUGCCCCGUGAUCAAUAAUAAACCAGUGGAUGUGAAUUAGUUUUA